AUGAGUUCACAACAUUUCAUACCACCUGUCAACUUUGGCAUGAUUGAAGAAGAUUUAUAUCGUUCAGGUCAACCCAAUGAACUGAAUUUUCCCUUCUUGGAAAAACUAGGCUUAAAAACAAUUGCAUGGCUUGCACCCGAAGAACCCAAUCAACGAUUCUUAGACUUUAUUGACGAUCAAGAAAUUCAGUUACAUCAUUUAGGCGUCGUGUCGUCUGUGAAUGCUUGGGAUCCCAUUACAGAAGAGGCAGUUCUACAAGCUUUAGACUUGGUACUGAACCCAACCAACUAUCCAGUGAUGAUCAUGUGUAAUUUAGGAAGACAUCGAACAGGAACCAUUGUUGGGUGUAUGAGAAAAUUACAACGUUGGAAUUUGACAUCGAUUUUCGAAGAGUACCGUAGAUAUGCAGGACCCAAAGUUAGAUUGCUAAACGAGCAGUUUAUAGAGUUGUUUGAUACAGAUCUUGUCGGCAUUCCCACUAAUAAACCAAAAUGGGGAGUUUAA